UGAUUUUACCGAUUGAGUUUUUCGAAUGUUCAAACCAAACAUAACCUUGAAAUUGGCAGAGAGUCACAUGUGAAAAAAAAGUAUAUAUCUAUUAUAAAUUUUCGAUUAUUUGUUUAUGUGCUUCAAUUUAAAGACUUUUGAAUUCAAGAAAAUUUACAAUUAUUGUCGUCGGUAAAAUGGACGAAGCUGAACAUUUCAAAUCAUUUCUCACAAUUCAUCAGCCACAACUUGAAUCCUCCGGUGUGCCAAAAUACUUUUGGUCAACUAUUCAUGAGAAAUUAAAAAAUCAAAUAUUCGAUGCUGGUGAUGCUUUUCAAUUGGCUAGAAUUAGUUAUGAGGAUGAUGAACGUUGUCCCACUGAUCCAUUUUGGAAACUUUUUGUCACACUCGAAAAUGGAAUUUUAUUCCAAGAACCAAAUAACAUUUAUUUAAUUGAUCACGCUUGGACUUAUCGUUAUUCCGAUGCAAUGAAUGAUCUUCGUGAAAAUCCUGGACUUUUAGAACGUAUGUACAAUUUCAUGAAACCCGAAUGGUCAAAAACUGAAAGUGAUGAGGAAAAAAUUGAAUUUAUCCUCACUGAAAUGUGGAGAUACAAUAAUUUUUUUACAUUACAUACAAAUUCAACAAAAAUCGAAGAUGCAAUGCCAUUUUGGUGUAUUAUGGAUGAAGUUGGAUCAUCAAUAAAUCACAGUGAUGAACCAAAUUUUCGUAUUGUUCCAUUUUAUCAUGCAUCAGAAAAUAUGAAUUACACACUUUUAUUUCCAAUAAAAAAUGUUAAAUCCGGCGAUGAAGUUACAAGAAAUUUCAUUGAGGGUCAAACAAAUGAUGCUGAUAAACAUAGAGCACUUCUUUUACCGUGGAGAGAUGAUAAUUUUCUUGAGGAAAAUUUCGAACAAACUGAACCAGACGAAAAUUAUUUUUUAAGUUCACGUAUUGCUGAAACAUUACCAGAGAAAAUAAUUGAAAAUAUUUCUCAUAAUAAGCUAAAAGUUUAUUCAGAGUAUGAUAUUGUUUGUAAAUUUUUAAAUGAUCCAUCAUUUGAAAUUGUUGACAAUGAAGAGGAAGCCAAUGUACUUUGGCUAUUAGGACAUAUAAAAAAUUAUCGCGAACUUAGUGUUGAGAGGCCACAUUUAUUUUUAAAUCAAUUUCCUUUUGAAUUUGUAUUGACAAUUAAGGAUCUAUUGUCAAUAGUUUGUAGAAGAAAAGCCGAAGGACAAUACAAUAAGGAGACAUUGGAAACAUUUCCAAAAUGGUUGCCAACGACUUUUAAUUUAAGUACCGAGCUAGUUAAAUUUGUGGCAUAUUAUCAGAAUAGAGAGGCAAAACAAUUGGAGAAUCAUUGGAUUUGUAAACCAUGGAAUUUAGCAAGAGGAUUAGAUACUUAUGUAACAAAGGAUCUUUUUCAUAUUUUAAGAUUGCCAGCAACUGGACCAAAAAUUGCACAGAAAUAUAUUACCAAUCCAGUUCUUUUUGAUCGAAUGGAAAUUGGAAAAGUUAAAUUUGACAUUAGAUAUGUGGUUCUAUUGAAAUCCGUCAAUCCAUUGGAAUGUUUUGCAUAUUCAAAUUUCUUCUUAAGAUUUGCAAAUAAACCAUUUGCUCUCAAUAAUUUCCAAGACUACGAACAACAUUUUACAGUUAUGAAUUAUUCAACAAAAACGCCACUUUGUCAUAUUAAAUGCGCUGAUUUUAUCAUUAAAUGGGAAAAUCAAUAUCCUAAUUAUCCUUGGACAACAAAAGUUGAGCCAAUGAUAUUGAAAAUGUUAAAAGAUGUUUUUGAAGCUGCAACAUCGAUGGAACCUCCAAGAGGAAUUGCAGAAUCAUCACAAAGUCGAGCUGUUUACGCUGUUGAUAUGAUGUUAGAAUGGAGGGAAAAUGAAAUGCAACCCGUAUUAUUGGAAUUUAAUUUUCAACCUGAUUGUCAAAGAGCUUGUGAAUAUUAUCCUGAUUUUUACAAUGAUAUUUUUCGUUGUUUAUUUUUAAAUGAUUGCAACAAGAAUGUUUUCUACGAAUUGUAAAAAAGUUUGUGUUGUUGGAAAUUUCAAUAUUAAUUCCCAGUUCAAUAAAUUUUUUAUAUUUGAGAACUCUAAAUAUUUACCAUCUUGCGUCGGAUUUUUUAUUCAGUUGUUAAUCUAGAAGAAGUAACACUAUUUUAUUCAAGAAAAUAAUAUGAUUUUAUAAAAAUCUUUUUCAUUACCAUUUGAAAUUUCGCACCUUUUUAAUUUGGACCAAUCGGUAUUAUGAUAUAUGAGAAAACUUUUUUACCGAUCGUCGAAUUCGAUUUUUUAGAGACGUUCAUUUUUUUUAGUUGGCAACGAAAUCUCCUACGAGACAAACAAACAACGUCUUUUUUUAAUCAUUCUUUAUUGUGAUUUCAUCGAGUAAGCUACGUUUUAUCUCAAUUAUUUUGCCUUUUUUUUGAAAAUCUCAAUUAAUAAAAUAUCAAAAGUGAAAAAUA